UGGGUUCUGCGUUUGACCCUGAGCUGGGCGGUAAAGACUUCGAUGAGGUGCUGGUCAAGUUCUUCUGUGAGGAGUUUGCGCAGAAGUACAAGCUGGACGUGCGAUCGAAGCCCCGCGCUCUAGUGCGGCUCUACCAGGAGUGCGAGAAACUGAAGAAACUCAUGAGCGCCAACUCCUCGGACUUGCCGCUCAACAUCGAAUGCUUCAUGAAUGACAUCGACGUCUCAGGCAAGCUUAACAGAGCCAAGUUUGAGGAGUUCUGUGCAGAGCUGCUGGCUAAGGUGGAGGCUCCACUGCGCAGCAUCAUGGAACAGACCAGACUGAAGAAAGACGACAUCUAUGCAGUGGAGAUCAUGGGCGGCGCCUCCAGGAUUCCAGCCAUCAAAGAGAGAAUCAGCAAAUUCUUCGGAACGGAGCUGAGCACGACGUUGAACGCGGACGAGGCUGUGGCCAGAGGAUGUGCUUUGCAGUGUGCAAUCCUGUCGCCCGCCUUCAAAGUGCGUGAGUUCUCCAUCACAGAAGUGGUUCCCUACCCCAUCUCUCUGAAGUGGACCUCAGCGGCUGACGAAGGCAUCAGUGAUUGUGAAGUUUUCCCGAAGAACCAUGCCGCACCCUUCUCUAAAGUGUUGACUUUCUACCGGAGGGAGCCUUUCUCUUUGGAGGCCUACUACAACAAUCCCAAAGAGCUGCCGUAUCCUGAUCCUACCAUGGGCCAGUUUAACAUCCAGAAGGUGGUGCCUCAGCCAUCCGGCGAGAGCUCCAAGGUGAAGGUGAAGGUGCGUGUGAAUGUGCACGGGGUCUUCAGUGUGUCCAGCGCCUCCCUGGUGGAGGUUGUGAAGUCUGCAGAGGGAGAGGAACCCAUGGAGACAGACACUCCAGCCAAAGAGGAUGAGAACAAGAUGCAAGUGGAUCAAGAAGUACAGAAGGCUCAAGGUGAUGAUCAGAAAGAACAUGCAGACAAGAAAUCGGACACUGAAGACAUGGAGGCUUCAGAAGACAACAAACAGGAGGAGAAGAAGAAUGAACCUCCACAAGCCAAGAAAGCCAAAGUGAAGACAAAGACGGUGGAUCUGCCCAUCGAGAACAGCCUGCACUGGCAGCUGGCCAGUGAAACGCUCAAUCUGCUCGUGGAGAAUGAGGGGAAGAUGAUUAUGCAGGAUAAGCUGGAGAAAGAAAGAAACGAUGCCAAGAACUAUGUGGAGGAAUAUGUUUAUGAAAUGAGAGACAAACUGCACGGAGUGCUGGAGAACUUUGUCAGCGAGGCUGACCGAGAUUCUUUCUCCUUGAAACUGGAGGACACUGAAAACUGGUUGUAUGAAGAAGGAGAGGACCAGCAGAAGCAAGUGUACAUCGAUAAACUGGCUGAGUUGAAGAAACUGGGAGAGCCGAUUCAAAACCGACUCAUGGAGGCAGAGGAGCGGCCAAAAGCUUUGAAUGAGCUCGGAAGGCAAAUCCAGCAGUACAUGAAGGUCGUCGGGGCUUAUAAGGCCAAGGAUGAGCUGUAUGAUCAUUUGGAUGAGCUGGAGGUGAUGAAGGUGGAGAAGCAGGUGAAUGAAACCAUGACCUGGAUGAACAACAAAAUGAAUCUGCAGAGCAAACAGAGUCUCAGUCAGGACCCUGUGGUUAAAGCCCAAGAGAUUCAGGCCAAAACAAAGGAGCUGUAUUCUGCUUGCAAUCACGUCGUCACCAAACCCAAGCCCAAAGUGGAGCCUCCCAAGGAGGAGACUCCGGCCGAGCAGAACGGCCCUGUGAACGGACAGGAGGGUUCAGAGGCCCAAGCGGGCAACCCAGAGAAGGGCCAAGCUGCCCCAGAAAACACAGAGGCCAAGCUUCCCGAAAUGGACAUCGACUAAGUUCGUUCGGCUCUCUUCUGCGUCCGCACCAGCCUCUCUCACGCCUCUUAUAUGCCUCUGAGUUUGGAUUCAGAAAAAAGAAAAAACAAAAGAAAACAUUGAUUUUGGGGAAGUAGGCUGCCCAGUUCAGUUCUCUUGCUGUCGGUGGCAUCUUUCUUUCUUUCUCCCUUCCUUCUUUCCUUCCUUCCUUCCUUCUUUCUUUCUUUCGGUAUCUUCCUUCCUUCCUUUCUUUUGGUUUUGCUGUUUAAAAACAGGAUACAUAGAGAUCCAAUCUCCCUUCUUCAAUAUAGGUAUUGGAUGAGAACCUGGUCUGUCGCUUUUUUAAUUUAUUAUAAUUUUUUUAAUGUCCACAGUUCCAGUUUCCCGAAACGAAGGCGGACGGGAUUAUCAAGUGGGACGGACUGCUUUAGUGCUGUUUAACGGAUAACACGUUUCUGUUCUGAUCUACUGUUUGGAGAGUUUAUUAGCAUUGAAGAUUUGUUGCACAGACUAACUUCACAAGUGAAGUUUCUAACUACCAGAUCUUGGGGGAAAAGCACUGAAUCUGCUGAACAUUUUCUCGAGGCAGAGGCAUGAGCUGCACGCUAUGUCCAAGUAGAGCUGAGUUACUGUUAUGCAGCAUUUCGUUGUGAAAUGUGCGUCAUUCUGUGUCGACGGCUUUUGGUUUAACCCUGUUUGUUUUCCUUGUCUACUCUGCAGCCUGUGUGAAGGGUGGAGACUAAUGAGUCGCAGUCACAAAUGAGGAGAAUUAUGAGAAUAAAUUCAUUUUGGUAUACA